GACAUAGACAAAGCGCUACAGUUUUUCGGUUCACCGCGUUUUUGUCUUGUCCUGGCCGAAAAUAUAAAAAAUGGUUUCAUAUUCGAUUUUCAAAUUGACGCGCAGUGUAUAAAUUAAAAUGGAAGUGAAAGUUGAAGUGCAUACGGUGUACCCUUCUUCGUUGAAGAAAGAGUCUUCACGACCUAUUACCAAAGUCUCCCAUGGAUCGUGGGGCACUCCUGACUCCACACCCAAACAUUCUGCGUUAUUAAAUAACUCCAGCAUAGAGAAAAAAUCCAUUAUCAAAGAAGAAGCUGCAGAAAAAAAUAAACUGUCCAUUUUCGUAGUAGAAAAACGAGUGAGACUCUCUGAAGUAGAAAAGAAUAGCGAUGUAAAGGAAAAUGCGACGGAAUUAAAGAUUUUUGAUCAACUUAGAAGCUCUCAAAAGCGUGGCUUCGAAAUUAAUGACGAAAUAGAAUCACCGCAGAGUCCAGUACCAUCAUCACCGUCAAAGGCAAAGUGCAAGAUUUUCGGAUUCCCAACAUUAUUCUAUCCCUACAUGCCAAUUGAUCCACAGGGUCGCAUCUACAUAACCUGGUUAUUCCUCGUAACGUUUUGCUAUAGUUACAAUGCCUGGGCCAUAGUUUUAAGAGCGACCUUUCCAUACCAAACACCGAACAACCUACCAAUUUGGCUAACAGCGGAUUACAUUUGCGAUAUAUUUUAUAUACUCGACGUGGUUCUUGUGAAACCGAGGUUGAUAUUUCUACACGACGGCUUCUGGGUUACGGAUGAAGUGGAAACUAGGAAACAUUAUAAGAAAAAAACCCAGUAUAAGUUUGACGUAAUAUCUCUCCUCCCGCUGGAUAUAUUGUACGUAUUUUUUGGUACAAAGAUGGUCAUACUGAGAUUUCCCCGACUCCUUAAACUGCAGACAUUCUGGGAGUUUCAUCAGGCAAUGGACCGAGUUCUUUCCUCGCCUUAUGUGGUACGAAUAGGAAAAACAUUGUUCUACAUUUUCUAUUUAAUUCAUCUAAACGCCUGCGCUUAUUACGCCAUAAGUGACUAUAUUGGCCUCGGCUCCAAUUCUUGGGUCUACGAUAACGAAGGCAACGCGUACAUCCGGUGUUUCUACUUUGCUACUAAAACUGCUACUUCCAUAGGUAAAAAUCCCAAACCAGGCAACACAUGGGAAUAUUUAUUUAUGACAGCGGCGUGGCUGAUGGGAGUAUUCGUGUUCGCUGUACUCAUAGGACAAAUUCGUGAUAUCAUUGCUACAGCCACGAGGCAGAAGACGGAAUAUCGUAAGAAAGUGGACGGCUGCGUGCGAUAUUUACGCAGAUUGAAUAUGCCUGCAAGUCUCCAACGACGUGUUACCUGCUGGUUCAAAUAUACUUGGAAAACACAAAGGUGUUUUGAUGAGGCCAGAAUCCUAAAUUCAUUACCAUACAAUAUGAAGCGUGACGUCGCACUCGAAGUCCACAUUUCCACAUUAAGUAAGGUUCAGCUAUUCAGAGACUGUUCAGCAUCUCUCCUCCGCGACCUGGUGUUGCAACUUCGACCUGUUUCCUUCCUCCCAGGGGACGUGGUCGUUAGAAAAGGAGAUGUGGGACAUCAGAUGUAUAUCAUAAAAACUGGGAAGUGCGUUGUUAUGUCUCCAGAUGAGAAAGAAGUUUUAGCAACGUUAAGCGAAGGCUCUGUUUUUGGUGAAAUCAGUCUUCUUGGCAUCGACGGACUUCGACGGCGUACUGCUACUGUUCGAUCUCGCGGCUAUUCCACUCUCUUUGCUCUCUCUCGUAACGACCUCGACACAGCCUUAAGUUAUCACAAAGAAGCUGAACAAAUCCUUAGACGUAGAGCCGAUCAAAUAAUAAGAGAGAACGCGGCCAGACAGACAAAGCAACAGAUAGCAAUAGACGCAAAAAGAGAGGACUCAGAUCUUAGAAAGAGAAGAAAGAGUGGGGGAAGUAGCGAGAGUGUGAAGAGUAGAAGAAUGAGAUCGGCAAGUGCUCUAUCGAAGCGGAAGUUGUCUAUGGUGUCUGAAGAUAAGCCUCAACACGCUGACGUACGAAGUGCUUCGCCAGAUAUAAGGGAAAUGAAAAUUUCAACACCCAUUCCUACUAUUAUAUUUUCUAACGAAAUGAAUUAAAUUUUAGAGUCCUAUUUAAUUAGAAGUCCAAAAGAGGCUAUUAUAGUCACAGGAAAUGUUAUGUUAGUCUGUGUAUCUGUAUAAAUUAAAGCUGAAACUUUAAUGCAUGUUUUAGAAUAAUGUUCCGUUCAGCUGUAAGCUCGAAAUUUUUUUUUUUUUAUAUAACAUAUACGUUUAUCUGCGACUCUCAUAUCUGAGGUCGUGGGUACCAGAGUACUUUCUAUGUGCGCAUUUAACAAUCUCGCUCGUACGGAGAGGAUAAACAUCAUGAGGAAGCCGGAAUUUUUUAAAUCCAAUCGAUGACAUGUGUCAGAAGGCUGAUUGUCUAUGAAACUAAACUGAUCAAAUAAACGGAUGCAAUCUGAGGCUAAGAACCUAUUUCUUUCUAUUUCUACUCUCAAACAUCACACGUUAAAAUAAGGUUUCAAAUACUAGUCAAAAUAUCUCAACGUGUGAGAUAUUUAAAAAAAACUUUAUUUAAAAGAUUACACUUUUUAUUUUAAUGAUUUACAAAUUACUUAGAUUAUCUAGAGCCUAGUGCUAGGUGGUGAUGUGAAUGACCAGUUGUCACGAGUCUUCUGUAGGAUGCCGGUGGUCACUGGUGUCAUCUUAGGAAUGCAGUCUUAAUGACUUACUGUUUAUUAAUGUGCAUUUGUUCUUAAUGACUUAUUGUUUCAUUUCAAGGUGUCAUUGCUCGGAGUUGUUUAUCUUUAUGAGAGGUGUCAGGUUUCUCAAUAAUUAGAUCAUUGUUAUUUCUUUUAAAAAGAACCCUAGUGACUUGGGUGGCUUCACUCUCCCCUUCCAAAUUCGAAGUCCUAGGUUUCCAAACCUUGGAUCUGAGAAUUUUAACAAAAAUGAUAAUAACAAUUAUUAUAGUUAUAAUACUG